AUGCAGUCGCAACCUGGGUCCCAGAGGGGGUUCCAGCGUCGGUCGCCAGGCGCGGAGCCUGGCCCACCGCCAAACGUCCCUGUGCGCUCGAUCUCACCGGGCACGCAAGGACGACCGCAGCAAGGAAGCGUCUCACGAUCGAGCCAAAGCAGUUCCAGGAGGGUCAACCGAGAGAACUCGGGCAGCGGAUCAAACAUGCCGCUCUCGCAGAUCGAAAAGAGCGUGACCCAUCUCCUCGUCGCCACGAAGCAGCUUCUCGAGACGUUGACGCAAUGGUCGAGGGGGCAGGCAACCGAUACACAGGUAUCCGACGUCUAUGUACGUUUGGGUUACGAGUUCAACAUGGCGUGCCGAGCCUUCUCAGCCAUCAACGUUGACGUAUCCGACCUCGGCAACGUGCCUGAUUCCCUGCGACACAUACUCGAAGCGACGCUCAGCCAAGAAGCGAGCUCAGAGAACCUGGAGAAUUACUUGCCCAGGAUACGGGACAUUAUCAUCAACCUUCUCCAUGGCCUCAAGCGCAAACAACACAAACUCCGCCAGAAGCAGUUCAGAGACCGGGACGGCAACCCGAUACCCGAGAGAACCACGAGCGUGAGCACCGUGGGGAGCGGAAACAGUGGCCUGACGAACCUGUUGGAAGAGGGUAUAGAAAAUGGGUACAAGCCCGACGCACCGCGAAGUGAUUCACUUGCCGCGCAAAGGAAUCCCUCGCCUACGAGGCGCUUCCCCUCACAGCGAGAACAGUCUUUGAACUCCAUUUCUUCCGAACAGUCCACACUGUCGAGCAACACGAUGCAGAAUAUACCAGUGCUGCCACCAUACCCUGGGGAUGAGUCGAUGCCAUCCCUACCUUCAGCGGGGAAGAGCGAAGUCCACGUCGACUCGUUUCCCCCGCCACCGCCGCCACCACCUGACAACCAGUCCAGCGCGCUGGCGGCACUUCAAAAGGGUGGCGACCUCGAGCGCCGAGCAUCUCGACGCUACUCGCAAUACCAGAUAUCCAAGCAUCUGGGCGGCUCGGUCAACGGCGUCCCCAUCCUGGCGCAGAAUGGUCCGGUACCCAAUCGGGGCAAGAAGGAAGCACGAGAAUCACUGCGAGCUGUGCAAAAGAGGGAAUCUGUCCGCCACAGUAGGCAUACUUCCACACAAUCCCGAGCCGCGGCGCAAGAUACUGCGCCCGCUCGUGUUCCCAGUCGUGUGUCCGAAGAGGCCGCGCAAGGAGAAGAAAGCACGUCUGUUUCGGAGAGUCCGGAGGUGCAAACACCAGAGGACAAAUACGCCCCAAGCGCCACCCUGGCAGGUCCCUUGCCUGACGCACCAGAAUUCGUCAGCCGACAAGAUUCGCUGCCAGAUGCCAAUGCCACAGCGACGACCCCCAAGGCCGACGAACCGCCCAAGAUCGAAGAGAAGUCCCUGCCACCACCGCCGCGCGAGUCCAAGCCAAGCGAGUCGUACUUCCAGGUCUCGCCGCCUCCGACGCCCACUCAAGACUUGACGCUAUUCUUGCAGUACAAAUCCAAGGUCAAAAAGUUUGUCCUGCCAGAGGGACGCGAGGAGCUCACCAUUGGCCGGUUGCAGCUCGCAUUCAUUGAGAAGUUCUCGUGGAGCACACAACAGAAUGGCACCGACCUCCCGGAAAUCUAUAUCCAGGAUCCAGUAUCGGGGGUCAGGCAUGAGCUCGAAGACCUGACAGACGUCAAAGACCGCACAGUCUUGGUGCUCAACGUGGAGCCUCUGGAUGAAAUCAAGCGCCAUAUCGACGAGGGCAUGUCUUCUCUGGCCAAGAUUGUGCAGGAAGUCAAGCAGAAUGUGGACGACCAGGGCGCCACCCUCCAGCAGGUGUCAGACCGCCAGCAGGAAACAUCCAAAGAGCUGGCGAACCUGGCAACCAACCCACCGGUCACGGCUAGCUCCCCCGGGCCAUCCAGGCCUGCGUUCGGCAGCGGGCGCAAGCUCAACCAUGGCCAGGCGGGCGAGUUGCAAAGCCUGCGACGCGAUCUCGCUGUCCUCCGCCAGACGUACUCCAACUUCCAGUCCGAUGUCCAGACUUCCAUGUCCAGCCUUCGACAAAAGGCUGCCGAUGUCAAGACUGUGGCUGCCAAGGCUGUCGUUCCGGAUAUAGAUGGCGAUGCUGGAUACUCCUACGUCAAGGAGGGCCGUCAACACCUCAACACCGACUCGGACCAUCUCGUCGGCAAGGUCGACGAUCUUCAAGAUCUUGUAGAGGACUUGCGCAAAGACGUCGUCCACCGUGGCGUGCGGCCCCUGCCUCGCCAGCUGGAGAACGUUUCCAAGGAUAUUUCUGGUCUGACCAAGGAACUCAAGAGGAUGGAGGACUAUCUCACGCAAGAGAAGCCCAUCUGGACUAAGAUCUGGGAGAAGGAACUCGAGGACGUUUGCCAAGGUCGCGACGAGCUUCGCGUUAUGGAGGAACUGCUCGUCGAUCUUCGCGACGACCUCGAAAAGGCUACCGAGACAUUCGUCUUGGUCGAGCAAGCCACCAAGGAACAGAUGAAAGAUGCUGGCACGGGUGCCAGCGCCGGCACGGCGAGACAGUUCUCCAAGGGCCUGGAGAAUCUGGGCAACAGUCUUGACCCGAACGCGGCCAAGGAGGGCGUUCUUGGCGAGGUACGCGCUCUCCAGCCUAAUCACGAGAACCGUCUAGAAGCCAUUGAACGUGCCGAGAAACUGCGACAAAAGGAACUCGCUGGCCGUCGAGGCAACAAGUUGCACCAGGAGAUCCAUGCCUUCGUCCAGGAAGGUCGUUUGAAGAAGAGCGGCGGAUUCGAGGAGAUUGAACGCGCAAGGCAGAUCAAGGAAGACAAGAUCCGAAGAGAGGUGUGGGAUCGAAUGAACGGUCUCCUUCCCGAGGAGGGCGAAGAGUUUGAAGAGGGUGAAUAUGAGGAAUAUGAGGAGGAGGAUGAGCUGGAAGGUGGACAAGAGCGGGAGGAAGAGCACGAGCAGGGUCAAGAUCGCGCAUCUGGCGAGCAGACCGCAAGGCCAGCGAGCGGCGACAGCGGUAAUGGUAAAGACGAGACGACAACGGCCAAGCAGGAUGGAUGA